AUGGCAGCAUCAGCCUGUGUUGUUGGAACCUGGCCAUUCUCCAGAGAACCUGUCAGGAAAGCUAUGCAGUGUUUGAGUAAUUACAGCACUUCACUUGAUGCAGUGGAGGCAGGAAUACAUGUAGCAGAAGUGGAUCCUAACUAUGGACCAUACCAUGUUGGUUGUGGAGGGUGGCAGAAUUCAGAUCUUGUCUUGGAACUGGAUGCUGCAAUCAUGAAUGGAACAGAUAUGAAUUUUGGAGCUGUUACUGCUCUAACAGGGUUUGCUGAAGCUAUUUCUGUAGCUAGGCAAGUGAUGGAAAAAAGUCCUCACAGCAUGCUGACUGGACCAGGAGCUGCCAGAUUUGCCAGGGCACAGGGUUUUCAGUUUCAGGAAAACAUGGGAAGACAUCCGAAACCUCAAAUGGUAGUAGGUGUGGACAAGCAGAGACAUGGGCAUGAUACAUUAGGUAUUCUGGCACUGGAUAAACAGGGCAAUAUUUGUGCAGGGGUGUCCACAAGUGGGAUGUCUGGCAAACUGCCUGGAAGAGUUGGGGACAGUGCUUUACCUGGAUGUGGUCUCUAUGCAGACUCUCAGGCUGGAGCUGCCUGUUGUUCAGGCGAUGGUGAUGAAAUUCUGAGGUAUUGUCCCAGUUACAAAGUGGUAGAUCUUUUAAAACAGGGCUACAGCCCACAGAACGCUUGCUUAAGUACAGCAAAAGAAAUAAUGCGACGUCGUGGCACCAGAGGAGCCUUUGAGAUGGUUGUAAUCGCUUUGGAUAAUAAGGGAAAUCAAGGAGCUGCAAAUAUAGGAGUUCACUCAUACAAGGAUGAGGCAGCAGGCAUACAGUAUGCUGGGUUCCCUUUUGUGACAUUGUCAGACAACAUGACAGAAGCCCAAGUGACAUGUUCUCCGCCAAUAAGUGAAGAUCAGUUAUAA